CAUCUCCCUAGUGCCUAGGGACGUACCUAGAAGGAUCUAGGGCGCGUGCAGUGCUGCUUCGGUGAAAAAGUACCUAAAACGGCGUGGAGAGCAUUUGCUGAUGACCAUUGUUUCAGUGAGUGUUCCCACGCUUUGACGGCGCUGUCGUGAUUACCGGUGAUACAAUUCCGUAACUUUGCUGAAGUAAAGUUGGAGAACAGCCGCGCCGUCCCCGAUACGUCGUUUACCUUGGUGAACCUGGCGCAUCAGUAGCCAUGGCUCCGCCGCAACUGGAUGCACCUACUAGCUCCAAGCCACCUGGCAUCAGUGCGCAUGGAGAACUUUUUGCUGAGACAGAGGAUUUGGGCUUAGUACCUGAGGCUACAGCACCACUGCAUGCCUCUUCCAGGACCAGCCAGCCUUGCAGGGCUGUGGACGGGGCACUGAUCGCAGGGUUAGAAGACUUAGAGUUAGUGUCUGGAGUUGGAGCAUCGCCACUUGCCUCUGCCGCAUCUAGCGAGCUUGAAAGGACUGUGGACAGCACAGUUGCUGAAAAGCCAGAUACCCAGCAGACUGCUUCUGCCAGUUCCCACCAGCCUGGUGUCACUGUGGACCGCAGAUAUGAUACUAAGUCGGAAGACACGGACACAACGCCCACGCCCUCAGACUCGGCGCCUGGACCUUCUGUUCCAGGCGAUGGCAAGCCUACUGAUGAGCAAGAUUUUCUGAGUUCUGAGGCCAAAGAGAUGCUCAAGACCGCAGGCAUCGUGGCUGGAGUAACACUUGGUGUAGGCGCUGUCGCUGUGCUUGCAGCGCCCCUUGCCCUGGCUGCUGCUGGGUUCUCAUCGACUGGAGUUGUAGCGGGCUCGGCGGCUGCUGCAUACCAAGCAACGCUAGGGGGUUACAUUGCCCAAGGCAGCUUGUUUGCCCUGUGCCAAAGCUGGGGAGCCGCAGGGCUGACGGCCACUGCACAAGCCGGGGUUGCAGCGGGAGGUGCCAGCGUCGGUGCUAUGGCAUCAUCUGUGGGGUUAUGGUUGGAAAGCAUACUAGGGAAAGGUCCGGGAAAUAAUCCUGACGGAAAUAGUGGCGGAGGAAGCGAGACAGGAACUGGAGCAGAAACCGGAAACGUUGCUAACGGAAAAGGCACUGGCGGGUCUGGAGAAGGUGGACUAAGAAAUGGAAAAGACGCUUGUGGAGAGAAUGACGGGGCAUCUGGAAGGGAAAAGGUGAACUCAACCGAUGGGGAGCCAACAGAAAAAACAGAGGGGCUGGAGACCUAUCAAAAUGACCAAAAUGAGCAGGCAGCUAAAAAACAAGAGGCAUUUCGAAAAUAACAUCUCCAUUUUAGAGUGCAGCAAAGAUAUGAUACUUUUGUCGCUGGGUAAACCUCAUUAAAUCUCUUACUAAAGCAAUUAGUUCAAAAUAAGGUUUCCUUGCUGUCACAUGGGGAAACAUAGGGAAAUAAAUUGAAGACAUUUCCUCAGAAGUAAACUCAUUCUUUCAGCAUUUGGUACCAAAUCUUUAGUCUCCACACGAGGGGUCUACUCAUUGCAUUCCUUAUUAAUCAUGCUUCUCUAAUGCUAUAAAUUAAAAUAAUAAUCUCCAUCUGACCUUUAAUAAGUGCCUGCUACAUGACAUUCUCAAGAGCAUCAUCGUGCAAUGCAUCACAGUGCAAUGCAUCACAUUGCAGCUGCAGAACAUAUCCUCUCGACUCAAUGGCUAGAUGGCCAUAUCAGCCAUGUUUGUAGUUGCGACGAUACCAGUUCGUAGUUUUUCAUAUGGUUUUGGAAAUGUUCCUGUUCUGGAAUUUGAAAUUAACUGUUUUGUUGCAGAAGUUGGUCUCACAGGCAUAUAAGAGCAGGGACCAACCAUGUUACCCAGCCUUUGAAUGUUUGGCAUGACUCGUUUCAACUCCUGUUGCAUACAGUUGGAACAAAUUGUCUGAACCGGCAGAGCACACAUUUCAAAACAUUAAUUGAUUGCAACCAUGCAGGAUAAUUUCAUUAUUCAAAAUAUUAUUAUUUCAAUUGCAAGAUAAUGCUUGAGUGCCAAAAGCUCGUAUAACGCCAUUUUCGUCUCUUUUAUGACCACAGUAAUUAUUUUCAAAUAUAUUAGUUUUGCACUGUGACAGCGUACAAGAGUACCGACAUUAAGCUCCGCAAACGCCAGUUGUUGGAAAUGACAAUAGAUUUGCCACAUGGCAAAUAUUUCACGGCGUGUGUUUUAAAAGUCCCUAACAAUGCUUGUGCGCUUUUCCAGCACAGUCAAUAUAGUCACAUAUCAAUGUAGGUGAACCAAUAAAAGGAUUGCACGCAAGACUGCAUUACUAUUAUGAAGGGCUUUUUUUCUGAGGUCAUUAGUUAUUGUCCCAAAGAUAUGGAAGCCCAGAGGCAGCUAAAGAAAAGUAGUAUUUUCGGACCGUCACUUUCGUGGAUGUGAUUAUGUUUGUGACAUUUUGCAUGACUCGGUAUUGAACGUUUCGAAAUAUAUGACCGAAAGCAUUACAGGCACUUUGUGAAGAUAACAAGCUAGGCUCAGAGCUAGAAAGGCUCUUGGUCACCUAUUUCAGCACGGCCAUUGCUGAAUCGCAGGAAAUAUCGUGAAAGGAUUGCUUUAAGGGGCCCUGAACCACCCUUCGGGAUUCGUGAAUUACCGCAUUCCGCGGACAGCAUGCAGUGAUGUGACCAUCUCGGCGAAAUUUCACAGUCGUGCGUUGAACAUGGAGUUUGCAAGUGAAU